AUGCGCGCGGUCUUUUUUGAUAGUGGGAUCGUGUGGCAGCUGAACAUCCGCAUCGGUAUCCCCGACAGGGUCAUGCUUCUGUGGGGCGAUGCAAUAGUUUAUCACUUGCUACUUACGCUGUCGUGCAUGACGAGUUCUCUGACGGUAGCGCGCAGCUGCCCCCCUAAACUCGAAUCGACAGCGUAUGCAACCGCUUCAGGAGUAACAAAUCUGAGCACCACCUGCAACAAGAUGCAGGGUGCAGUAGCGAUUGAAAUCGCUGGUAUUCAGAUGAAGGAAACGGCGCCGGGGGGCUGCGACUCCCAGAUGCCUCUCAACUUGAUUCUCGUCUCGCAGUGUCUUCUGCCUUGUGCAUGCAUUCCUCUCGUCUACUUCAUGCCGCCCAAGGUGACCCUCAACUCGGCCGUGCCGCCGCACCAGCGAAGACGCAGCAAAACAGCUGUUAAAUGCAGCAGCACUGACCAGAGCAAAACCCCUUGCAACCUACCUCAAGGCAGCGCCUCAACAGAACCUUUCUGUGUUGCAGCCUCGGAAACGCUGGCAUUGUUGGCGUCUGUAGGAGGCGACAAGAAGGUAGUGGCGGUAGUGUCGUCAAGGCCUCGUAUUGUUGAGGUCUGA